AACCAUGGUGGCCAGCCAAGAUCUGCCCCUUAUGCACAGGGCUGAACCUCUGAGUACGGUGCCAGCUCGGCAUAUGACUUUAGAGUCCAAAAACUUAAGUCCUAAUGACCAAUUGUGUAUGGGAAGUCUUCUCGAUGAACAUGCUAACACACGUGAGUGUUCCAUGAAUUACUCACUAUGUUCUUGCAGUGAAGCUACCGAGAGGAUGAUCACAGGAAAACACCUUGCGGUAUUUGUAGAAGUGGACCUGCACACGUUGACCUGGACAUGGGCCAAGUGUCCAUACAGGAUUCACGGUUUUGGGGUCUCAGCGCAGAGCCCCUGUGAUAACAGCUUACAGUUCACGGUGGGCCAUACUCCUCGACACCCGAAACCUAGGACGACCAGUCCUGGACGUGGGUGCCACGGCUGCUGUGCACAGCCCUGCGAGCCUGGAGCAGCUCAUCCCAGAGGGACGGCUGGAAGGAGGUGGGCGAGAGUCAUUGAGGCCGGCAGGACCCUCAGUCUGUGUCUGGACAGUCGCGUACUCCGCAGCACCACGAGGGCCAGCACAGCGCGGAAGACAAAGGCAGACGGACGGCCAGGGCCGAACCCCCAUGCUGAGGUCAGGAGUGAGCCGGCGCAGCAAAGCCAGCCCUCAGCUCACGCUCCUUUCCUCCGGGUUGUAUUUCCGUAAGACUUUAUUUAAAAGUGAAUCCUUUGUAUUCUGUUCCAUGAUCCUUUGAGGAGAGCUGCAACUGGGACCAGCGUGUCACUGAGGACGGCACUGCUACCGUUCAGGAACGUGGAAACCAGGCACAGGUCCUGUCUGGGAGCGGUGGGGAAAAGCUCUGCUCCCUAACACAGCAACUAAUAUGUGCUACCCUUACCCUGGAGCAAACUCUGCCAUCGGGAGUCCACCUGCACUGGCGCUGAGCGGAAACACGAGCACGGCGUGUCCAGUCCAAACGGUCCCGUGACGCCCGCCCGCUGCUCACUCCCACGCAGGCGGGCCAGGCCAGGACUCGCUCUGCCCGUCUGCAGGGGCACCGUGACUCGCACCAUUCCAGCUCAUGAAAAACGCCCGCUCGUUUUAAUGGCUUAGAUGACAAUACUCUUCCAGCUCUUCUCCUCUGCCCUCCAGAGGCCUCUCCUGGUCAGCAGACCUCCUUCUACCCCACCCCACUAUGAGCUGUCCCUGAAUUUGAAGGGGCCUCAUACCCAUGGCCUUAGCGCUGCUGCUUCCCUGGGCACACACUUCCCAGACAGCCCCCCAUUAAUCAUCUGAGUCUAAGCGCUGCUUCCAAGCCCCUGACUUCCAAAUCGGUCAUCUGCCAGUGCUUGGCACCCAGUUGGUCACAGACGCCUCAGAUUCAGCCAGUCACGUUUGCCCCAAACACAAUCCUCCCCAGUGCUUUCUGGUCAGCGUGUGACUGUCCACCCAGCUGAUCAGGCCAGCAGGGUGGGGACUACGACCUACUGCUCCUCCUCCC